GUUCAAGCCUGUGGAAGGUCUGUGAUCUCCUCCCCAUACGUUCUCGAGUUUAUGAACAGCCCUGCAGGAUUCACGGUGUCAAUUACCUCCAGCAUUACUUCAGACAGUCGAGCCCAUGCCACGUUGUGUGGCGGCAUUUCUGCGCGGUCGCGGGGGCGCUAAACGAUAUUAGGAAGGUGUGCCAGUUUUUUUUUUUUUUUUUUAUUUUGGCUCUUCAGUUUCAUUGCUUCUAGUUCGCUUGCUACUGUAGGUUCAAAGGAAAAGUUAGAAUUUUCCUACCUAAGACAUUUCUCAGAGAAAAAUACUUUUUGUGCGCCUUCUUGUAGUUAUCGACAAAUAUAUAAGGCAAACGGAGUAUACAUCCGCCAAAGUUCUGCAUUAUAUGAAAUUUCAUUUUAAACCACGUCCCUAUCCAGUGUAUAUGAAACGUCACACUUGUUUGACCAAUUAAAAUUUAAUUCAGUUCAUUCUCUCAAUGGACAGUCAGUGGCGCUUCGUACGGCAUCCAUCGGCAACAGCCAAGCAACAGCUGAGAGCAACUAACAAAAUUGCCUCACGAAUUGAACUAGUUCCACCUGUACGUUCGCACGUGGUAGUUGUGAGCGGUGUGUGUGUUGUUGAUCUAAAGUUCCCACGCCUGCGAGUUGCAAGAAUAAGAAAAAUGGAUGUGGAUGAUUCGCAGUUACAACUAUACUUCGACACCGUUCUUGAACUUACCAGAAAUGCCGGGAAAAUUGUUCGUGAGCAACAUAAUAAGGGGAAAAAAGUCACAAUCAAGUCCUGUGAUGUGGAUUUAGUCACUGAAACAGAUCAACAAGUUGAAAAACUGCUAGUAACAUCAUUAUUGACAAAAUUCCCGGGCCACAAAUAUAUUGGUGAAGAAGCAGUGGCAGAUGGAAAACCAUGUGAACUAAAUCUUGAGAAAGGUCUUUUAGCUAUGGAAUUUGGUACCAGCAGAGAUCCUGAAAAAAUGGUAGUUGUAAUGGAAAAUACUCAAAUACUUUUACCACUCCUUCAUGGAAUUCGGUCAUCCGGAUCAGCUGCCCUAAAUAUGGCAAUGGUGGCAAUGGGUGGUGCAGAUUGCUACUUCGAAUUUGGUAUUCACAUUUGGGACAUAGCAGCAGGAGUGCCUCUUAUUCAAGAAGCUGGUGGCUUUGUAUCUGAUCCCGCCGGU